AUGAGGGAGCGGAAGAAGCCAGAUCUUCGUUUGAAUAUACCUUCAUAUCCUUCUGACUAUGUGGAAAUGCCGCCAGAAACUAGGAAGAAAAUAGAAGAAGCUAUUCGCAAUAGUAUAAGUCCUACAGUCGAAGAUAUUGUUGAUACUCCCCAUACUAGUGAACAAGGUAAUAUUAGAGAAGGAACCAGGACUCCUGAGGUUAGGAUCGUAGGUCCUGAAGAUGAAAAAGAUAAAACAGAGCCCAAAGAUGAUUCUUCUUCAGCUGAUAGUCCAAUAGUUUAUAGAAAGGCAAACAAGGAAGCUGAAUCAAAAAAUGGCAAUGAUAAAGGAACAGAGAGGCAUGUUGUUAAUGUGAGUUGAUAAGUUUUUAAGACACUUGAGAAUAUGAAUUAUUAUUUUUGUUUCUGAGCAACUGGUUAUUCAUUAUCUAUUUGACUUAACAUGGUGAUUCUUGUAGACAAAGACGUGCUAAAGUGAGACACAUAUUAUUAUAUUAUCUUAACCGAAUUUUAUAUAAUAAUAUUGGUUUACAUCAAUCUAGUGUACCUAGUUUAACCCUUGUUACAAUAUAAAUAGGUAUAUAAU